CUGAGGACUAUUGCAUUCAACAUGGGGGCGUCACUCAAAAGGUAGUUGUCGAUUAAUGUAGGGAAAUAACGGCCUGAAACUGUCGUUGAAACUCAUGUAUUGAAGAAAGAGACCUCUGUAACUUCAUUUUGGGUAACAAUGGUGGACUGGAGUCCGAUAGCGAAGGUGUACGACCCGCUGAAAGCUGGGAGCAUCGACGGCACGGACGUGGAGCCCCAUGACCGGGCGGUAUGGAGAGCAAUGGGAGCCCGCUAUAAGCCCAACAAAGGCGUUGUUGGAGACCCACUGCUCACCCUGUUUGUGUACCGUUUGAAUCCUCAAACAACAGAGGAUAAACUGCACCAAGUGUUCUCCAAGUAUGGAGACAUUCAGCGGCUCCGGCUGGUCCGGGACAUCGUCACGGGCUUCUCCAAAAGAUACGCCUUCAUUGAAUACAAGGAGGAGCGGUCUGUUGUUCGGGCUCGCCGGGACGCCAACAAGCUGGUGGUUGACCAGCACGAAGUGGCUGUGGAUUUUGAACAAGAGAGGGCUCUCAAGGGCUGGGUCCCCCGGCGGCUAGGCGGCGGUCAGGGAGGGAAGAAAGAAUCCGGACAGUUGCGGUUCGGCGGCAGGGACAGGCCAUUCCGUAAACCCAUUAACCUCGGGGUUGGUUCCGUGCUGGAACGGGUAGGCGGUGCAGGAGGAGGGAGGGAGUGGGAUAGAUCAGGGGCGAGGGACAGGGACAGACACAGAGAGACCGAUUGGGGCAGCAGAGGUAGGCGAGAUGACCGGGACAGAGCCAGGGAGAGGGAUGACCGCAGACAGGGAGACAGGAACAGGCCUCGGGACAGGAGAUGAAGUCCAUAUUUACAACACUGGAGAUAACUCAAAAGUACUGCUCUUACCGGGUUCAAAGAAAGUCUGUUCAAGAAGUUUUGAUCCACAGUCCUGCAGCCUGCCUCAAAUGGAGAUUGUUUAGGUGUGCGCUAAAGGACAGUGGGACUGGUGAUUUGCACACAUGGGACUGGACAAUGAAAAGAUGAAGCAUUUCAAUUACAGAUGACUUUCUUGUGUUAUUAUAAAAAAAAGAGUAAUAAUUCACCUGUUUGCACUGUACAUUACAAUUAUAGACUAAGUGGUUCACAAUUUUUUAUGUUGUCCAGCAACAAUAUCCUAAUGUUGAGAUCUUAUCAGCCGUAAAUGACCAAGAAUUCAAAAAGCAUAAUCUGCAACUAAAAGGGCAAAAUGGCAUUAUUUUUUAUUAUUCAUCUUCAAAGUACCUGUAAAUCCAAUUGAAUCUGUUAAUGCAUUUUCUCUUCAUACGUAUGAUAAUUCAGUUUCUGUUUUGAAAUCUGAGGUAAUUCAGUGUUGUGACCGUAGUUUGUUCACUGUAAGAUUUCCUAAGGCAGUUUAACAAUGUAGUGCCUUUCUAUGUCAUACAAGUUUUUUGGAGCAUCAUACAUGGUAGAAAGCCACUGAUGAGGGUUUGUGCAACACUGACUAUACAAAAGGGAAGAAAACCAAAUAAACCAAGUAUUGGUUUAACACAAA